AACUACCAUCGGCUAGCUAGUUUAGCAUCAAGCUGGAUGAGGGGCUAACCCCAGAAACACAGAAGUACCUCCUUCACUCCCUUUGUUUGUGUUUUGCCAGGAUAUAUUAAAGUUAGCAGUCGCCCAAGUGACUAUCUCAACGCUUUGGUCGAAGAUGCAGUUCAUGCUGUUGUUCAGUCGGCAGGGAAAGCUGCGGCUGCAGAAGUGGUAUGUUCCUCUGUCAGACAAGGAGAGGAAGAAGAUCUCCAGAGAUCUGGUCCAGACUAUACUGGCCAGGAAGCCCAAGAUGUGCAGCUUCUUGGAGUGGCGAGACCUCAAGAUUGUGUACAAAAGAUAUGCAAGCCUGUAUUUCUGCUGUGCAGUCGAGGAUCAGGAUAAUGAGCUGAUCACGCUUGAGAUCAUCCACAGAUAUGUGGAGCUGCUGGACAAAUAUUUUGGCAGUGUGUGUGAGCUGGAUAUUAUCUUCAACUUUGAGAAGGCCUACUUCAUCCUGGAUGAGUUCCUGCUGGGUGGAGAGGCCCAGGAGACGUCCAAGAAAAAUGUGCUGAAGGCCAUCGAGCAGGCCGACCUGCUGCAGGAGGAGGCUGAGGCACCACGGAGUGUUUUAGAAGAAAUUGGGCUGACAUAGGUCAACGCGUCUCUGCCUUGUUCUUUCUCACCUCCAUGUCUCGACCACAUCCUCUCCUGUUUACUGUGUCAGUGUUAUAUGUGUAUAAUCACCAUCUAUGUACUGUAUUAUUCUGUACUGUACUAUCCUGUAUUGUCCUUUCAGUGUGGUGCCAACUGUGGUUCUAAUGUGUCUCCUAUGUACAAGCUCCCUCACUGUAUUCAGCAGCACUUAGUAUACUUCACUCACUUAACUGAAAACUCCACAGAGAACAAUGUAGCACUAACAUGAAAACUCCAGCAUCUUAAGAUAAUCCAUCAUCACUCACUGCAGAGCUGUACGUGCUGUGUGGCCUCAAGUACUUGUUAAGGUGUUGUUGCUGCAGCUGGUGCUUCUUAUGUAUUAUCAUCACAUAGCUAAGAAUUAUGAAAACAAAGUACUGUGCAAAA